CCAGGUGCUUCCACCACCAUUACUCCAUAGAGAAAGCUUGGUUUGCCGCCGCUGCCAUCACCACCACCAUAUUACUUUUCCUCUUUAAUUAUCAUUUUCAUUGCUCUUGUCAGAUUGCUCUUCCAUCCCUUUAUUUUCACUUUAUAAAUAGUGUGUCAGCUAGCAUUUUCCUUUCUUAUUUGUCAUUAAUGGUGAUGAGGCAAAUGAGUAAACAACAUCGACGAGUUUACUCUCUUCAUCCCAUCAAAUUGGCACGUUCUGUGUUUGCAAGAAAAUAUCUAAGUCACUUAUUGCCGGCUCUGAAGAAGAUGUUUGAAGAAAACACCAUUUCUUCAUCAAACAAAAAUGUUGAUGAAGACUACUCUAACUCUAAGUUAGAGAAACUUGUUGGGUACCAAGUGAACAUGGCAAUGGUAUUCUCUGCCUCAACUUAUCAGUUUGCAUGGAGCCGUGCCUUGAAACAACAGCUCCAAACAAGACAUGUACUCAUAUAUGGUGAGGGAUUAUUGCCACGUCAUCAUGUUCCUAAGCCCUUGAACUUUCUCCCAAAGCUCAGUGUUAAUGCCAGCAAGAUGAAGAGGUACUCGAAUCAUAAUAUGCCUAAUAAGGUCAGGCCACAUUUUCUGAAAAGAAAUUUAGCCAUCAAUGGAAAGACAAAGAAAAGCAAAGAGGCAGAGAUUAUUGAGAGGAAGUUGACAUCUCUAAGACGGCUUUUACCGGGUGGGAAUGAGAUGGGUGAAGAAAGUGAAUUGUUGGCAGAAGUAGGAAGCUACAUUUCUUGUCUCCAGCUACAGGUGAACAUUCUUAGGUGUCUAGUGGAAACUGAUCAGUUGAUUAAUUAAGUAGUUAAUUUAGUGGUCUAGGGGUAAUUAAUUAUGUAUAACCUUUCUUUUGUGAAAUUAUGCAUUGGUUAUAUAUAGCAGGGUAACAAGU